AUGGACUUGACUGGUGUAUUAAUACACGUGGAUUACAUAGCCACAGUUUUGGAGGAUCCAUUCAUUGUAGCACGUGCACAAGUCGGUGGUUCUGGUUCUACUCAUGUCCAUGGGCAAGGUAUAGGUCAGCAACAGGGGAGCAAUAAUUCUAAUUAUUCCGCACGGUUUAUUGGUGUGAUAUAUAUCGAGGCGCAAUUUGCAGUAGCUGCCAUUACGAGUGACAUCACACAGUUCAACACGGUAGUAGCAGCGAUUGAGUCAAGUGUUAUCGCCGAUGUAAGUGAUGCAGUGCUUCAUCCUCCUGAAACUGGAAGAUACGCUAAUUUAAAGGCUUGCAUCAUAGAGCGGUACAGUGAGAGCGAGCAGCGGAAGAUUCAACGGUUGUUGUCAGAAGUUGAACUUGGUGAUAGACGCCCAACACAGUUGCUAACGGAGUUGACAGCGUUAGCUAAAGACAAGGUGAGCGAUGAGUUCCUUAAGUCUCUUUGGCUGAAGCGUUUGCCACCACAAGUGCGCGCUAUUCUGCAGGCAUCGAACGUGGCACUAGCAGAACUGGCGAAAUUAGCAGACCGUAUUUGCGAGGCGGGGGAUUUUCAACAGAUAGCUGUAGCGUCAGCCUCUGAUUGUCCAGCCUAUUCUGAGAAUGCUGUGAUUUUACGAAGGCUUGAGCAAAUCGAACAGCGUCUGAGUCGUUUGGAUUUACGUCGUAGUGAGUCGGUGCAAAGUCGAUCGUCAUCGAGGAGACGUAGGCGAACUCGUUCCCGACCAGGAAGUCAUCCAGAUUGGUGCUGGUAUCACGAAAGGUUUGGUGAUAGAGCUAAUGCUUGUCGGCAGCCCUGUAGUUUUGUGGCAAGCUCUCAUCAGUCAAAAAACUAG